AUGAGCACACAAGAUUCUGUGCAUCUUGAUUUGGAGACUACGGAUGUUGAAGAUUUUUACGUGCCUCAAUGCGAUGAUAUAUUGAAACCUACAAUUGGGCAGAAAUUUGAUACUCUUGAAGAUGGUGUGAGUUUUUACCGUGCAUACGCAAGUGCAUGUGGAUUCACUAUCCGUAAGAGUUCAAAAGAAGAUGUUAAAGUGAAACAUGUUGACCAAGGUGCAAAGAAACAAAAGAGAAAGCGUGUGUCUUGUAGGGUGCAUUGUAUGGCUCGUGUUGGUUAUCGAUUCGUAGCUGGGAGUGGCUAUGAGAUUUAUAAAUUCAUUGAAGGUCACACGCAUAAGUUGGCUUCUGAAGGGUUAAAGCAUUUAUUGAAAGUUCAUAGGAAUAUUGAUUAUGGGCAUCAAUUUUUCAUGGCUAAAUGUUUUAAGGCUAAUAUAGGUGCAGUUCGUUCCUUCAAGAUUUAUUCUGAGUUAGUAGGUGGUGUGGAUGAUGCUGGGUGCAGGAAGAUUGACUUUAAAAAUCAUUCGCGUGAUGUGAAGUCAUGGGCCAAUGGAGUUGAUUAUGAUGUUGAUGAGUCAAACAAGUUGACUAGACUAUUUUGGGCAGAUGCUGUAUCAAUUGAGAACUAUAAAAUUUUUGGACAGGCAAUAUCAUUUGAUGCAACGUAUAACACGAAUAGGUAUAGUUUGAUCUUCACUCCCUUCACAGGUAAAGACGAUCACGGAAGGUGUGUUACUUUUGGAGCUGGAUUGAUUUCACGUGAGGAUGAAGAAUCAUAUUCUUGGAUUCUGUCAACUUUUGUGAAGUGCAUGGGAUCGCAGCCUACUAUGAUAAUUACGGAUCAAGAUCUUGGUAUGAGAGCAGCUAUUGCGAAGGGAUGA